AUGAUGGAACUUGAUAACGGUUCCGUCGCUGAUGACCGUUCUCGCCGAGCCACCAGCGUGCUGUCCAUGGAUGAUAUUGAAGCCGCCCAAGCGCUCGAGGGUCUUCGCACUGAAUACGGUCAAUCCCCUCGAACAGCGCAAGCAAGCUCGCUGAACUCCUCCGAGAAGCCAUCAGCGGAACCCCUCCUGUCCCUCCUCACCUCCCGUCAUCCGCUGCUGGAGUCCGCCAUCAACGGUUCCGUCUCGGCAUACGCCAACUCCAAGUCCUACUCCCCCCGCUUCAAGUCCGGCGUUGAGUUCAUCGAGCGCAACAUCGGCUCGCCCGUCGCCAGCACCGUCGGCACCGUAGGCCGCAAGACCGGCGUGGAAAGCGGUCUCCGCUGGGCCCUCCAGCGCCGAGCUUCCUCGUCCGCCAAUUCUGGCCGCUCGAAGCGUCGCAAAGUGAGCGGGGAUCACCACCCCUCGGACGUUGACGUGGAGAGAGGCGCGGACGACGGUACAAUGGAUGAUCCACGGGGGCGCAGCUCCUCGGACCUGUCGCCGGCGGAGGGUCUCCCGCCCUACGACGACCAGAAAUCCCCCAACUACGAUGAAAUCAGACGCGACAGCCCCUCCCGCAAGACCCCGCCGACGUGGCAGAGUCGAUUGAUGAUCUCCACGUCGGGGCUUGGUGUCGCGAUGAGCGAGGAGUCGCUUCACAGCCUGCAGUACUGUUUGACCUGGCUGCGCUGGGCCAACGGACGGCUGGACAAGGCCAUCGAUACGCUAAAGUCAGCCCUGAAAGAAUGGGACAGCUCGCAGCAGAAUGGGGACUCGGCUGCUGCGCACGACGCCUCCAACACCACCCUCCUCACGCGGCGCAUUCAGGCUGUCAAAGAAGAUGUCCUGACGACGUUGAAGCGGGUCGUGGAUAUCGUGUCCAAGUACGCCGGCGGCGCGCUGCCGGAGAAUGCGCGGAACCUGGUCCGACGGCAUCUCACGUCGCUGCCGCAUCGGUUCCAGAUCGCGUCGACCUCCAACCCCCCGCCGGAUUCUACUGCCGCAUCCUCUGAUGCGACGGUCGGCGCCCAUCGGAUCCUUGUCCUGGCUGAAGAGGGCCUGGAUAUGAUGUCGCAGGUCAACCGGGUGGUCAACGAUACGCUGGUCAGCGCGGAGCUCUGGUGUGAGCGGCUGGGUCGCAAGCGUUCGGAUGGAAAGAACACGGCCGAUCAACCCGCGCAGCGCAACGAGCCGUAUCCGGCGGAUAUCAAGGAGCCUAUCCACGCCCCGUCCCCCGGGGAUGUCUCAAUGUCGGGAAUGGAGAAGGUAUGA